CAAAAUUAUACCUGUCACGAACUUAACCAUAGAAAACCUAGAUAUGUGCACGUUUUCCGGCUUGACUUGGAUAUAAACAGACAAAUAUUAGAGCAGAAAAGCAUUAAAAAAUGGCUAAAUUGGAAAAAUCCGUGCAUAAAAUGCAGAAGAAGUCAAAGGCAAAGAAGAUAGUCAAAUCGAAGAAGAAAGUUCCACUUGCAUUUAAAGCAGCUAGACUGAAAUCGCGUGCUGUUAUCGAGGCCCUAAACAGCGACUGUGAAAUCGAUGAGUAUAUGGAAAAAUCGCCACAGCCCGACGUUGAUUCUGUUGCCGAUUUAGAUGUGGAAAACAGCGGCUCUGAGUCCGAGGAGAAACUGGAUGAGGAGGCAUUGGCGGAUAAACAUAAGCAGGAUCUGAACAAGCUGAAAGAAACUGAUCCAGAGUUUUACAAGUUUUUACAGGAUAAUGAUAAGAAGCUGUUGCAAUUUUCCCUUUCUGAUGACGAACCGGAGGAUAAUGAAGAGGACUCUGAAGAGCCCAUCCAUAAACCAAGAGAUGAUUUGGAAGUAGGCAGCGAUGAAAGCGAUUUUGAAGCUGAAGAUCAAGAAGAUAAACACGUUGAUAAAAAAGUGAUUACAUUGAAACUCAUAAGAAAAUGGCAAGUUGAUAUCCAAACCGAUAAGAGUAACAAAACUAUAACACAAGUUAUGCAAGCAUGCCAUGCGGCAUUAAAAAGAAUAUCAGGCGAUAAUGAAGAAGACGAUGGACCGGUAAAUUUCAUAGUGGACGGAUCCGCUGUUUUUAACGGGGUGUUACAGCUGUGUGUCAUGCACUUAUGUCCGGCUGUUAGAAAGUUCCUUGGCUUACAUACAGGCUCAAAACAACCUCCUCACAAAUGCAAGAAAUUUAUCAAAAUUAAAAAGCCGUUGAAGGGGUAUUUUAUGGACUUAUUGAAGCUCUUGGUUGGUGUAACAUCCUCGAACAUUCAAACAGUGCUGUUGAAACACCUUCACUAUAUGUGUCCAAUGUUGAAUUCUUACACGAAUAUAACAAAAUCGAUCCUGACAAAGUUGAUUAGAAUUUGGGGAACUGCCGAUGAUUCAGUGAGAGUGCUGGCAUUCUUUUGCAUUUUAAGGAUAGUGAAUAACCAGAUGGCUGGCACGCUAUACAUUUGCCUUAAGUCGAUGUACAUGACUUAUGUAAAGAAUUCCAAGUUUGUGAGCAUCGGCUCACUGGCUGGUAUCAACUUCAUGAAACGAUCAUUGGUGGAAAUGUUUUCACUUGAUACUAAUGUUGCUUAUUCGCAUGUGUUCUUGUACAUAAGGCAAUUGGCUAUACAUCUGAGGAAUGCCAUAACAGCCAAUAAAAAGGAGAAUAUUCAGGCGGUGUAUAAUUGGCAGUUUGUUAACUCGCUGAGAUUAUGGGGGAUGUUGCUGUCUGUGACACAUUCCAAGCCCCAAAUGCAACAGCUUGUUUACCCGUUUGUGCAAGUGUGUUUAGGAACACUGAGGUUGAUUCCUACAGCCCAGUAUUAUCCUCUGAGGUUCCAUAUUGUGCAGAUUUUGAUUGAUUUUACCAGGGAUACGGGCGUUUUUGUCCCCGUGUUGCCAUUUCUUCUUGAGGUUUUAACGUCGUUUGAUUUUAACAAGAAGCACCAAAAAGUCUCAAUGAAACCGAUGCAUUUUACGUGCCUUCUCAGGCUAUCCAAGUCACAAUUGCAGGAGAAUGGUUUUAAAGAUACCGUCAUCGAUACGAUUUAUUCGCAACUAUUGGAAUAUUUAUCUAUCAUGUCCCAUACAAUUAGUUUUCCUGAUUUGAGUCUCAUAUGUGUUUUGCAGAUAAAGGAGUUCAUCAAAAAGUGCAAAGUGACAAACUAUACCAAAAAACUGAAACAAGCCCUAGAUAAAAUUGAGCAAAGUGCACGUUUCAUCGAAACGGAGCGUUCAAAAGUAACACUGAACCUAAUGGAUUUGAAGCAAAUCGAAGGCUGGGAGGCGCAAAUAAAGGUCAAAGGAACGCCACUGACAACAUUCUACGAAACAUGGAGUAAAAUUCGCAAUAUGAAGAAGAACAAGGAGGUGACCAACAAUGAAGCCCUGGGCGACUACCAGUUGCCCACGCUGAAGAAGCGAGAUAAAACUGUUGCGAAGAAAGAAGAGGGGCCAGUUGAGCUUUUCCCCAGUGAUUCCGAAGAUGAGGAGGCUGCUGGCGAUCAAAAACAGAAACGAGGCAAAAGAGGGGGCAAAAAUGCCAGGAAGAUCAAAACGAUUAUUAGCCAAAUUAACGAUGAGGACAUGGGCGAUGAUGAAGGCGAUGUUGUGCAAGAGAUAUCCGCAGAUGAUUGGUGAUAAUUUAUCGUUAAUAAUGUUAUACACCGCUUUUCUAAUAAAGUGUCUAAGAUGUUAACUGUUAAUUAUAACGGUAUUUUAAAAUAAC